CAUCCCACUCUCAUUCAUUUUAUUAAUAAUCAUUUAUGGUUUAUUUUUUCUUUCUAAAAUAAAAUUUGAUUCACUUUGAAAUAGUGGUUCUUCUUCAUAAAAUAGCCACAGAUAUUGAUAUCAUCGAAAUGAAAUGUAAUGUUUCAAACCUCAUUAAUAGUGUCGCCACCUGGUGUAUUCGAAUUUACAUGUUUGUCCAUGUGAUUAAGGUGUUCAAAAGAACUUGAUCUCGAAAUGGAAGAAUUGAAUAUCAGUGAAAAAAUUGAAUUAUAUAAAUUACUGGUAGCCAAUGGAUUCGAAUCGAUUGACGAAGAACGUCUAGCUCAAUCUCCAUUGGCCGAUUAUGGUGUAGAAAAAAUUGAAAAAAUAUUGAACAACUAUCGAAAGUCAACCGACUCGGCUGGUUGUUUAGGCGAUUCGAUUUCAAAUCUGUUGAAUUUGAAACAACAUUAUAAAUAUAAUGACAAUGACAAUGAAUAUGCUCAUGUUUAUCGUUUCAUUGCACAAUUGCUCCGUGGUCAGCUUGCUGAUCUAUCCGAAUUGAAUGAAAAAUCCAUGAACAUAAUGUUGACAUUAAUCAGAGAAAUGCAAUUAUUGGUCAAUUCAUUCGAUAGCAAUCGAUUGCUUGUAUCUGAAUCGGAUGAACAACAACAGCAAGAAAAUGUGAAAGAAAAACAAACACUUGAAACAUUGAAAUCAAUGUUUAAAUUUCAACGAAUAUCUGAAUUCAUGAAUCCAUUGAAUAUAUCGGCCGAAACGAAUGAUCGAUUAUUACAGCUAUUAUUAGAUGCCGAAAGACAAACGACGAGAAUCAACGAAAAAAACAUAAAAAUAAUCAUCAUCAUAAUCAUCAUAAUUAAUUAAUGUAUA